CACAAAAUGUUAGGUAAAAAAUUUAAUAUGAAAAUCCAUUCUUGCACAAAAGCGAAUAAUUUUAUUGUCUUUACUCCAAUGACCCAUCCCUUUAAAUUUAAAACUGCAGGACUAUUCUUCUCUUCUCUUCAUCUCUCUGAUCCAAACAAAUAUUUUGUUCUGUCACAAAACUUGGAAAGAGAUGCCUAUAUUGUCUCUCCCAAUUUAAUGCCCAAUUGCUUAUCCUUUUGCCCUGUCCAGCAAUUCGCAUUUAAUCUUUCAAAUUUAUUACUAUCAAUUUCCUUUAGCAUAACAUAGCUAGUUCAAAAUUAUGUCAAAGGUGCUUGGAGAAUUCCUUCAAGAACAACAAGAACCAUUUACCUUAGAACUCUAUCUUCUUGAAAGAGGUCAAUUUAGAAGCAAACACCUUGUUUCGGAUGGCGAUUUUCGGUGUUGUUCUAUAAAUUCUAGUACUAAGUUCUUGAAGAGAUCAGCUAGCUGUGGUGGAGAGAAGAGAAGAAAAGUGAUUCUUAAGUGUUCUAAGAUAAUAAAAUCUGUGUUUAACAAUCUUGUUGCCAUUAGCCAUAACCAAAAAAAGAACUUGGCAAGUGAACAACACAACAAUGCUACAACCAAGAAUACUAAUAUUGCAGAUGAUGAUAAAUUUUCUUCAGCAAGUAGCACUACUGUGUUCAAUUCUUGUUCAGAUAUUAGUCAUGCAGAAGAAGCAGAUAAUUCAUCAUCACCACAAGCUGCAGAUGGAAACUGUCUACACGAAAAACAGGUUACUGAAGACAGAAGAAAGCUAAGAUUGGAUUUUCUUGAAGAAAGUAAGCAACUCAGCCCUGUGUCAGUUCUAGAAGAAACUGAAUCUUCUGAUGAUGACUCUCCAAAUGUUAAAAAAAAAAAAACAGAACAAGAAUGUCACAAGGCAAAGAAACAAGAGGAAUUUUCAACCCCAUCAGUUUCUAAUUCAUGGGAAAAAAGCCCUGAGUCUCAGUAUAUUAAAAACAAGAAAGCGAUGCAACAAUCAAGACAGCUACUUUUUGACUGUGUUAAGGAAGUUGUGGAGAAUCAGAAAAGGAAAGAAGAAUUUCAGAGAAUUUUAGGAGCUGAGCAACUAUGGGGGCUUCUAUUACAGAAUAUUAUGUUAUGGAGUCAAGAUUCUAUAAAUGAAACUAGUAUUAACCACUUAAUGCAUUUUGAUCUGUUGAAUUCUUUUGAAGAGUCAAGUGGAAUUGAGGAGAAAUGGGAAAUUGGUAAGGUGGUUGGUGAUUUAAUUUUUGUUGAUAUUAGCAAUGAGAUUGCACUAGACAUGUUGAAUUCUUCUUCUUCAAGAUGAACUUGAAGAAUUUAGAUAAAAAAAAUUACAAUCACACGUUGGUUUUAGUAAGAGUUUAUUUCUUGCUUUCAUUAGAUCUUACAAUCUUAGUCAUGAAUGGUCUGUAUAUGAUACUUGUUAGUAGUUUCUUUUGGUUUUCCAU